CAUGUCAUUCUUUCCUUUUUCCUAUUUUUCUCCAAACUUGUAUUCAAAUUCACAUAAGCAUAUUGACCCUUCAUUCUUCUCUAACUAUUCUCCCUGCAUCACUCCUCUCCUCUAUUCUUGUUAUUUCUAACCUUUCUAUCACUCUCUUCUUGUUUUUGUUCCUCUCCUUUCUCUCUCUUUCUUCUCUUGGUUCUCUAAACAACGUAAUGAGCAAGAACAUAGACAUUGAUGUUAUUGAUAGCACAAGUAACAUCAACAGCAACAACCCUUAUGUUUACAUUUCCCCUACUCCCCUUCCCGCUGCACCAGCCAAACGUCCCAAUCCAAUGAAUACAAUAUAUGGUGCACUGAAUCAUUAUGGCAAGAAGGUUGAAGAAGCAACCAAACAAGCUGAGAUCAUGGUUGACAAAAUACGGAAUCAUUUAAAAGUUAGUGCUAGGCCAGCUGAUGCUGCAAUGGCAAAACUUAUUCAAGGAACAAAGGUGCUUGCAUCAGGAGGGCCUGAUAAUCUAUUUCAACAAACAUUUGGGGUUUUUCCAGGAGAGAAGCUCUUACAGCCAUAUGCUUGCUACGUAUCAACAAACUCUGGACCUGUAAUUGGAACACUUUAUGUAUCUACCAAGAGAUUAGCAUUUUGCAGUGACAAUCCACUGUGCCAUCAUCCAUUCUCCCUGCAGAAGCAUCAGUGCAUUUAUUACAAGGUGGUAGUGCAGCUGGACCAGUUGAGCAAAGUGAGUUCUGCUACAAAUGGAUUGAAUCCCACAGAAAAAUGCAUGAAGGUUAAAACAACGGAUGGCUAUGAGUUCAUAUUUUUGGGGUUUUUGUCAUAUGACAAGACCCUACAGACUGUAAACGAGGCUCUAAAGCAAUAAGGCAACCAUUCCAGAGUUCAAGCAGUAACAUAUCACCUGUGUGCUUAGUCUUAGACUUACUCUUCAAUGUUCUUUUUAUAUUUAAGAGAAGGCUCGAAAGUAACCUUAAUCAGCUACCUCUUCAAUGUACCUACACCAAGUUAAACAAAAAAAAAAAAAA